UAAGGAAUUGUAAUUGCAGUUCCCUAUGCAGAUUUUCACCCGGCGCCAAGGAGCACUUCUGUGCUUCUGGUUGUCUGUGCUUUUUGUGGUUGUAGGCUUUUGCUAUGGAGACCAUAGUAAAGUUGAGGUAGUUGGACUGGGAGAAUGUGCAGACUGCAAAGAGAACAAUAUUAAGACAAGCCAGGCUUUCUCAGGGCUACGUGUAACAGUAGACUGCAAGGCAGCAAAUGGACACUUUAAAACGAGAGGGGUUGGUGAGCUUGAUAAAGAUGGAAACUUCAAGGUAUCCCUUCCUCAUGACAUUGUAAAAGCUGGUGAACUUAAAGAAGAAUGCUAUGCUCAGCUACAUAGUGCAUCAGCUGCACCUUGUCCUGCCCACAAUGGUCUUUAUGACACCAAAAUUGUCAUCAAAUCAAAAACUCAUGAUGACAAACACAUCCUCGGUCCUACAGGGAAACUCAAAUUUUCAUCAGUGACCUGCACUUCAGCAUUUUUUUGGCCUUUCUUCAAUCACGCACCUUUGCCUAAGCUUCCCCUUCCACAUUUCCCCUUCCCUCCUAAAGUCUUUCCACCAUUUCCACCAAAGUUUUUCCCUAAGCACCCUAUCUUUCCUCCUAUACCUAUCUAUAAGAAACCUCUUCCUCCACUUGUGCCUAUAUAUAAGAAACCUCUUCCUCCACCAGUUCCAGUCUACAAGGAACCUCUUCCUCCACCUAUGCCAAUAUACAAGAAACCUCUUCCUCCACCUGUUCCAAUAUACAAGAAACCUCUUCCUCCACCUGUUCCAGUAUACAAGAAACCUCUUCCUCCACCUGUUCCAACAUAUAAAAAACCUCUUCCUCCUCCGGUUCCAAAGGUCAAGAAGCCAUGCCCGCCAAUAUAUAAGAAACCCCUUCCUCCACCUGUUCCAAUAUAUAAGAAACCCCUUCCUCCACUUGUUCCAAUAUAUAAAAAACCCCUUCCUCCACUAGUUCCAAUAUAUAAGAAACCUCUUCCUCCACCAGUUCCAAUAUAUAAGAAACCCCUUCCUCCACCUGUUCCAAUAUAUAAGAAACCCCUUCCUCCACCAGUUCCAAUAUAUUACAAACCUCUUCCUCCACCUGUGCCAAUAUAUAAGAAACCUCUUCCUCCACCAGUUCCAAUAUAUAAGAAACCUCUUCCUCCACCUGUGCCAAUAUAUAAGAAACCUCUUCCUCCACCAGUUCCAAUAUAUUACAAACCUCUUCCUCCACCUGUGCCAAUAUAUAAGAAACCUCUUCCUCCACCAGUUCCAAUAUAUAAGAAACCUCUUCCUCCACCAGUUCCAAAGGUCAAGAAGCCAUGCCCACCAAAGAUUAAGCAUCCACUUCUACCACCAGUUCCAAUCUUCAAGAAGCCACUUCCACCUUCCAUUCCCAUUUACAAGCCGCUUCCUCCUCCUGUUCCAAUUUACAAACCACCAUUGGUUAAACCUCUUCCCCCUUUCCCAAAGUUGCCUCCGUUCAAGAAGCCUCCAUGUCCACCUCUUCCCGAGAUCCCUCCAAAGUACUUUUUCCAUCACCCCAAGUUUGGAAAAUGGCCUCCACUACCUCUAAAGCACUUUUUCCACCACCCCACGUUUGGAAAAUGGCCUCUACCACCUUUUUCUCCUCAUCCAUAG